GAAAGUCAACAUGCUCUUUUGGCAGACAGAUUUUGAGAAAUAUUCCUUUGACCAUGCAAGAAAAUAGAGGAAUCAUAUUUGAUUGUGAUGGUGUCUUGAUAGACUCUGAAGAACUACACAGAAUAUCUUACAACAAGAGUUUUCAACUCCAUCAUACAGGUGUGGUUUGGGACGAACCGUUGUAUGAAAUGUUGCAAAAUACUGUGGGUGGUGGAAAAGAAAAGAUAACUUGGUACUUUACAAAAGUGGGUUGGCCUAGUGGAAUAUCUACAGAAGAAGAGAAGCGUUUGCUAGUGAACAGCAUACACCAAGAUAAAACUCAAUAUUAUAUAGAACUCUUACGUAAAAGCACGAUACCAUUGAGGCCUGGAAUAGCACGCUUCAUCGAUGAGGCUUAUGCUCGAGGAUAUCGUCUUUGUGUUUGUUCUGCUGCCAACCAACGUGCAGUUAAUCUAGUUAUGGAAAGAGUAUUGAAGGAACGCGCUGGGAAGUUUUGUUUGGUCCUAGCAGGUGACGUGGUAUCUCGGAAGAAACCGGAUCCAGAAAUAUAUUUAUUGGCAAAAGACAAAUUGGGUCUCUCAAGAGAGUCAUGUGUCGUUAUUGAAGAUAGUCAGAUUGGUUUGCAAGCUGCCAAAGCUGCUGGUCUUCGAUGCAUAAUCACUCCCACCAAAUAUACAGAGUCACAAAAUUUUCAAGAUGCAAUUGCAGUAUAUUCUGAACUUGGAGAUAAUGUGCAGAUUGAUCAAUUCUUUUUACAACCUUAAUAUCUCUUUGAAUUCAUAUGGUGAAGUCUCCUCAAUCAAACCAAAAUAAUAAAGUUUGGAAAACUCCU